GAGAGAGAGAGAGAGCUACAGAGAGAGAGAGCGAGAGAGCUACAGAGAGAGAGAGAGCUAGAGCUACAGAGAGAGAGAGAGAGAGCGAGCGAGCUACAGAGAGAGAGAGAGAGAGCGAGCGAGCUACAGAGAGAG